AUGGAGCAUGGCUCCGGCAUGGGUAUGGGCAUGGUCGAAAAGCAGGUACAACGGGACGAGGGGACAAAGCGGAAGGUGCCUACGGCAGUCUCUCAUCCGGACAUUGGCCGGGAUGGUGGCCUUGGCUCGGUUGCCCACCGCGGGGGCCGUGAUCGUCCGACGUCGGCGCCUGUCCACCGACGCGGUGCCGAGGGCGAGUUGGUGGCGGCAGCAGCUGCUGCUGGGCUUGCGGGCCUGGUGUUUGAGUAUGAUCUCGGCCCCGAGUUUGAGCCGCGGGAAAAGGUGCCGUCGCGGUUUGCGGUGACUCGCGAUCGGGUGGAGGCUGAGCUUCGCGCACGCGCCCCCGAAGCCCACAUGCCGGUCCUUCCCGACGGCCGACGGCGGCGACUGGCGUCGGCGGCAUCGCGCCGGAUGCUGGCCCGCUCGUCGCGCGCGCGCGCCCGCAAGCCGUUUCUCGCCCGAAUGAUGGACGACGUCGCACGUGCAAGAGCCGCGGCAAGCUUGCCCAGGCCGCCGCCGCCGGCCGCGGCGCCUGCCACGCUCCUUCACCAGCAGCUGGCUGCGGCGCGCGAGGCGGCGGCCCUGCCGACACAAAGCAUCGAGUCUGAGACCUCGCGCCGAGUUCGCAAGCGACUUGAGCAGGCCGAGCGGCAGCAAAGGCGGCGGGAGGCUCGGGUCCGCACGCAGCUCAAGAACAUCGCCCGGCAGCACGAGCUCAUCCGCCGCGAGCUAGAGGAGGAGCGAGCUGCCGCGCGGAUUCAGCGCCAAGACGAAGAGACUGCUCGCGCCACACGGCGGGCAAAACGGCGCGAGUCGGCCGGUGAGCGCAAGCAGCGACUUGCCCGGCAGCGUGCGCGCGAUAUGGCGGCUCGCUCGCGGCGGCUGGCCCGGAUCCGCGAGGAAAAGGCCCGUGCGCGCGAGCUAGCCCGACGCGACGCCGAGGAGCAGCAGGCCAAGAGAAGAGCGCGCGUGGCAGAGGCUGACGCGCAGCGAGCAGCACGAUCGAUCACGCUUGCCAGGGAGCAGGAGGCAGUGGUCCGCAGGCGCGAGGAGGCCCAGCUCCGCCGGAUGCAGGCCAUUGCAGCGUCACGCGCCCGCGAGGAGGCCCGGUCGAGAGCCGCCGCCGACAGGCGCGCUCGCAAACAUGCCGCGACCGAGACCCGCAUCCGGCAAGCCGAGCUCGCGCGGCUCCACAUUCAAGAGCAAGUGGACCAGCGUCGGUCUGAGUUUGGCCUCGGCGUCGGCUCGCGGUUCUUCGACUAUCUCGUCGAGGAGUCGCUUCGCGAGAGCCUGGCCGGGCCCGGGCCCGCGAAGGGCGGUGGCGAGGGUGGCGGAGACGGCGAGAGCGGCAGCAGCGAGCAGGCCGAUGGCGAUGCAGGCGUCACUGCGGCGCUGGCAUGA